AUCGGAUCCGAACCGCUUUUAAGCUCUGUGACUGUCGCUGUUAAUUGUUAAGCAAUUCUUCCACAGUUCCACUUCACUUCACUUGUAUACAAGAGCCUAUACAUACACAUAUACAGAGAGAGACAGAGAGAGAGAGAGAUGGCAGACAAGCCGAGCAGAGCCCUCGUAUUGUACGGUGACGGGCUGGCCCGAUUCAUGAGCCCGGCCCAGACCCACCUCAAUUCUCUCGCUUCUCGGGCCCUCUGCGGCUUCCUCGCCCUCCCUCAUUCGCCUCAAUCAGAAAAUGAGGAUAUGAGGAUAGUUAGGGAGUUUGCGGAGUUGCUUGAUGCAAACGAAGCAUAUGAAAGCUCGGUUGCAAGAGGAAUACGUGAAGAUACACCUCAAGAAAAGUGUGCAUUCCCAUCUGUAGCAGAGAGGUUCAUGGGAAUGAAGGCGGCUUUAGUCACUGACAACUCAAGUAUGAAGUCUUUCGGAGGUAUGGUUGGCUUCAAAGUGUAUUCCUGGAACGAAAUGUCUGGUUCCAGCGCUGAGUCGUCUCAUUUGGCUUCCGAGUUGUUGAAACUGCUUGGAUUUCAGGAAGGGAAGAUAUUGGAUUCAAGCAUCUUUGAGUUGGUUUUCGUUCAUAUUGGAGCCAACUCGAAGAUGAAUGGGGUCGAGGGCAUAGAUCUUGUAGACCGUUUGGUCGGUGAUUUCUUACACAAGGCGGUGUCCGAAAGUUAUAUCGGCUCUAGGCUGCACAUGUCUGUUAUUAUGAGCUACGGGGCUACGUUGGGAGACGAGGAUCUACAACUCUCAGUUUCAAAUGUUACAAAUAAGGACGUUGGUGAACUUUCACGCCUUUUCCCGCGUCAAAGUUACACGAUGAAAGGCAGCACUGUCCAAUGCUACUAGCCCAGUAUCAGCAUGCUGCGACGCGCGUUGAUGCAGCGAAAUCGUUCGCGUUUAGAGAUUUUCUUGAGGUAUUAUACUCUUUGGCUCCAUAAUUGUGCUAGUAUCAUGAAACUAGAAACAUGCAUAAAUCUCCACCUUGUGUGCUGUGUAUAGCGACUAAUGUUUGAACCUUUUUUAACAAUUGUACCCCAACGAUAUUAUAGAUUAAUACCCUACAAUAUCAAUGUUGUUAACAAUUUUACCCUAUCAUUCGAUUUUUGGCGGCUGAGUGGUGACUCAGUGAUGAGGACUAAAUUGUGACCGUUCGGAACUACUAGUGUGUGCAUACGUCAAAAUGUGACCGUUUAGCCUCCGAAAAUCGAAUGAUGGGGUAUAAUUGUAAACUACAUUGAUGGUAUAGGUAUUAGUUCUGUAAUUCACAUACAUUGGGUAUAUAUAUAACGGUGAAAAAGUUUAAUUAUUGGGGUAUAAAAAUACUUUCUCCAUCCACGAAACAUCUUCCUAGUAUUAGUUUUGGUCGCGUCUUCUAUCAACUUCUAAUGGCAUCAGCGUCGAAUUAGGCACUAAAAAAGUGUAACAAAAAUAGUAAGUAAGUUUGAUGGCUGAGAGCUAAAUAGAACUAAAUCUAAUAGUUCAGUGAAAGAGAAAAGCCAAUUUUUCCUGGUUUACUUUAUCAUUUUUUGUUCUUUUUGAGAUAGUACUAGUUUAAUUUAUCAUUUUAUACCAUUGGUAGGGAGAAAUAAAAAUUGUACUCUCUUCGUCUCACGGAAGUAGUCCUUUUUUUAAUGUACCACGUUAUGGGUCAGUUUCUUAAUUUGAAUUAUUUUAAAACCUUCUUCUACUAAAAUAACUUUAUUUAGUAUUUGUGGAUAAUAUAUGGAACAAUAAAUAAGGGCUAAAAUAAAUAAAACAAUUGCAUAUAAAUAAUAUUUUAUAAACAACAUUAAAUAUAUUUUUUAAAAUGUGUGAAAAUAUAAGAGGAUUAUCUUUGAUGGGACAAAGAGAGUAAUGAUUAGUGUUAGGCUUAGAUCUGUUUAGAUAAGAGAUUAUAAUUUUUCUUUGACAUUUGCGUGAUGUUACUUCUCUAUGGCUUUUCUCAAAAAUUCACCUAUUUGUUAUGAUCGUAUUAAUAAGUGCUAGAAUAGUCAUUCAUGUGAUGCACUGUAAUAGAGCAUACAAGUAAACCUUCAAUUUUAUUCUAAUUACAAAGUCGCUCAAUUUUGCAAUUGAUCUAUAAUUGGCGAUUAGUGUUUAUUUUAAUCACCAAAUUAUUACUCAAAUUUUGAUAUCGCACUUUUCUUGCAGAAUGGCGGGAACCUCGUUAUACCGGUGGAUCGAUUUUUACAUGAGGUAGCGUUCAAGCUAUGGAAGGCUCCAAAAUAUGGUGCUUGAGCUGCAGAUGUGAAAACUAGAUUUUACUGUGUUUAUCGAUCUGUAGUUGAGCUAAUGCACAACGGUUGCAUCGUUUCAUCUCAUAUCUUUUGGUUAUUCAACGUUUCAAAACGAAACGAACGAAGUCGAAGCUGUUUUCACGGUCGCUGUUAAACCGUUUUAACUGCGAUCAUCUUGAAUUGGAAUUUUGGAAAUGUUGAUCACGGUUAAAAUAACUGAAUGGCAACCAUUUCGACAA